CCGGUUUGCGCCCGCGCUUGAUUACGUUCGUAUUUGUUUACAUAAGUUAAUAAACACAUGUUAGAUCUGUCAAACGCCACGUGCUUCUUGUAUACACAAGUGUUUUAUGAAAAAAUUAGCGGUUGGUUGGGAGCCGGUCAUUAGCAACAAGUGGCAAAAUCGCCGAAAAGCAUGGCGUCUGUUUGAACGGAAUCAACAAGUCGCGGGCGCCGCGACGGCAGCGCCGCUAUUUACGACGUUGGCCGCGCCACGACGCGUCCCUCCACCAUAUCCACCUGUUUUCUUUGCACACCUACCAUCAAAUGCACCUUUGAUGGGUCAAAAUGUUUGGAUUUUGUUUAGUUUUGGCUUGUUUUCGUUGUUGUGUGUAGACGUGCCGCUUUGUUUUCUUUUGUUGAGUUCGAGCCGUUUUAGCUAUCAUCCGUUUUCGUUGACGCAUUCGAGUGAGAGUGGCAGAGGCUGAGGAAAAGGGCCUGGAAAAAGGGAUCUGCACCGCCGCUUUUUUAUUAAUUAGAGUCGUUGCAGGUGACCACCAUCAACAUGCAGCACACCUCGGGCUCCCCCCAGCAGUUCUGCUUGCGCUGGAACAACUACCAGUCCAACCUGACCAACGUCUUCGACCAGCUCCUCCAGAGCGAGUCGUUCGUGGACGUCACCCUCGCCUGCGAUGGCCACUCCGUCAAGGCCCACAAGAUGGUCCUCUCGGCCUGCAGCCCCUAUUUCCAGUCACUCUUUUUCGAGAACCCCUGCCAGCACCCGAUCGUCAUCAUGCGGGACAUCAAGUGGCCCGAACUCAAAGCCGCCGUUGAGUUCAUGUACAAGGGCGAGAUCAACGUCUCGCAGGAGCAGAUCGGGCCCUUGCUCAAAGUCGCCGAAAGCUUGAAAAUCCGCGGCUUGGCCGACGUCAACGGCGAGCAAGACAUCGUCGCCCCGACCGGCGAGCUCACCACCAGCACCAGGACCCUCCUGAAGACGGCCUCCACCCCGAACAACGGCUCCGGCGAGUGGGAAUGCCGGCCGGAGGGUGACGGCCCGCCACGUGUCAAAAAGAGACGCAGACCUUCCGGAGAACGCAGCAGCCUGAGCAGUCCGGCUGAGAGUGCGAGCACGGAAAUUCCGGAUCCUCCGCCUUCGGUCGAAAUGUCACCGGCGCCGUCCGCGACGCCGCUUCCUUCUUCCGUUUCGAACGAACCCUUGCCGCUAACGUUACCGCUUCCGCAACAACCGCAAGUAUCACACGCGUCCUCGGACGAUAUGGAAAUCAAACCAGGCAUUGCUGAGAUGAUACGCGAGGAGGAACGGGACUGUUCAGGAAAUCCUUUGAAAAAGCCUAACCUCCAGGCCAAGUUGUUGGAGUCUUCCCAUGCUUGGCUCGGCGCCUCUACGUCUUCUAUAGCCGCAGACAGCUACCAGUACCAGUUGCAAUCCAUGUGGCAGAAAUGUUGGAAUACGAAUCAAAGUCUUGUACACAACUUGCGCUUCCGUGAACGAGGGCCGCUGAAAUCCUGGCGACCUGAAACCAUGGCCGAGGCAAUCUUCUCGGUGCUUAAGGAGGGCUUAUCCCUGUCCCAGGCCGCCAGGAAAUACGAUAUUCCCUAUCCCACGUUUGUUCUGUACGCGAACAGAGUGCACAACAUGCUAGGACCGUCCGCGGACGGCGGAUCAGAUUUACGGCCGAAAGGACGAGGGCGGCCCCAAAGAAUUCUGUUGGGGGUUUGGCCCGAUGAGCAUAUACGGGGUGUUAUCAGGGCCGUAGUGUUCAGAGACUCGCAUCAAAUCAAAGACGAACCACACGUCGCAUACCCACGAAUUCAUGACGGCGUCAGCAUACACAGCUACCCGAACAACUCGUGCAGCAACGGUUCCGAAGCGAACGUUUCCCCAGGUGCGGCGGCGGCGGCGGCCGUGGCGGCGGUGGCCCAGGGCCUCCGCCAGCAGAUGUGCAGCAUGGUGGCGGCGGCGCAGCACCAGAGCUCCGCUCACGACACCAACCCCGUGGCCAGCCUGGUGAACUCGCUGGCGUUGGCCGGCCACUGCGGCAACGUGUCCAUGUCCAGCAACGGCGCCGCCGCCCCCAUGGGCCCCCUGCGCAGCAUGAGCAGCCCCGCCGGCAGCAUCCAGGACCUGCGCAUCAGCCCCGCCGAGUCGGCCCUCGAGAGCCCCAUCUCGUCGCCGCUGGGGCUCACCGUCUCCAGCUCGCUGGAGCCCGCCAUCAACCUCAACAUCGGCAACAGCAUGGACGUGGGCAUGGGCAUGACCUACAAGCCCACCAGGGCCUUCGCCUCCCCCAGGCCCGAGAACCUCUUCCAGGAGGACAUCGACGAGCUGGUCAAGCCCAUGUCCACGCCCAGGCCCAAGGACGCCAUGGCCACCAUCAAGAUGGAGCCCAUGGCGGAGUGUCGCGGCGAAUGAAACGAGACAAUGCUACAAUGUAAUGUGAUAAAUUAUUAUUAGGUUUAUUUUCUAUUAUCAAUUAACUGUUAAUUAUUUCUAAAGUUUUAGUGGGUAGAAUGUUUUCGACGAUUUUAUAAAAUUUAUCUAGAAGCCAAAGUUUCGGCCAGUUCCAUAAAAGACUGUUGUGUAUAUGUAUACUAUUCGAAAUUCAAAAUUAGAGUGGAUAUUUUCUGUAGGGAAAUCACAUUAGCAGGGAAACUAUAUCAACAUUCCCACAUUCGCUUUACGACAAUCGGUUGAUGAAGGAAGAAUUCUAUUCAAUUUUCAUAUCGCGGAUUUUUUUCGGUUUUUGACACUGACUUAUCGGGGCCCAAACUACUCAAAAGUUAUGCAAUAAUAUGAUAUUCUAAAAUUUGAAAUUCCAGGCACCUGUACACAUAUACAAAUUUAUGAUUAAAAUUAUUUCCAGCCUUUGUAAAAUGUUUAUUUUUAUUUAUGUCGCAAACAGAGGCCAUGGACUAAAACUGCGGGCAAAACGGUUUUUUUUUCUCCAAAAUACUCGAAUAACUGAGGCUUAAAUUCUCAAUGAGGUGAGAAAAACUGCCCACGAAAUUUUCAAAACUUUUAAAGAUGCAAAAAAUGUGAAAGGAACAAAACUGUUUUACUUCAAUUUUUACUUCAAACAAUCUCUUAGUUUAGGCUCUAAAGAUGUUAAAUAUGCUAUAUAACGUACAGUCGCGAUCGAAAAGAAUGACACCCCUAAAACCACAGCCACAAAUAUUUUCAAUAUGAUACGGUUAAUGUGUACAUUAGGCCAGUUUAUAAAUUAGUUGGAUAAUGUUAGACAGAUUGUGUAAACAAACCUUUUGCUAUCCGGCCUGGUUGGUAGGGGUGUCAUCCUUUUUGAUCGUGAGUGUACGCGUUUCGAUAAUCCUUAACUGUCAUCUUGAAAAAACUUGUUGAAGGCCGUAUAAUUUGAGAUAAAUAUUGUGGACAAGUUUUUAAUCAAAACUCAAUACAUAUAAUAUUGCAAUUUUCUGUAAAUAAAAUUUUCUAAACUGGCGAUUUUUUGGCUCGUUUUUGCCUUAACAGAUUGGCUUGUUUGGUUUUCGGCUUUGUUUUGGGAAAAUCUCUCAAAUUGUGAGAGUUACACUUGAAAAAUACUUCCCAAAGUGGCAGUUUAUUCUUUCUUUUUUCCUUCUCGCUGAAAAAUAUAAAACAAAAUCCUAAACAGGUCGAAUUUUGCAAUUUUUAUCUUUUUUUCAACUUUCCAAAUUUUCUGUGUGAAACACUGCAUUUUCGAAUUGAAAUUGGUGGUUUUCUUGUUUGUUUUAAUAAAAUGAUUUACAUUUCAUCUGUUGAUUUACAGACAACGCUUUAAAAUUACAUUCAAGAUUGAACUAGUGGGAGUUAAAUUCCUGUAUCUAGUUUGCACUGCAUUAAAUUAAUUAAUCAGGAAUUAAAAUUUGAUUGCAGUUCGGUGUUAUGUACAGUAAAUCUGACUUAAAUCUACCAAAGAACUGAAAAACAAAUCGUUUCAAACAUAAGUUAGUGCUUCUUACGUUCCUGAAUUUCACAGAAAAAAAAACAUUUCAACUUUCGGAGAUUAUUCGUUUUAUGCCUAAUUUAGCACUUUUUGCAUUACUUUUACAAAAUGUUUCGCAUUUGAUAGUUUUUCAGUUUCUAAAUUCAUAUCAACAAACGAAAAAAAAAAUCGAAUUUAGAAAGUUAUUGUAAAAAGCUCUAACCUAUGAAAUAAGCAAGAAUGAUUCAUUUUAGUGAUUUACCUGCUUUUCUUUUAAGAAAACCUCUCAAAAUUUGCGUGUUUUUCAUUGAAAAUCUCUUCUAAAAUCGUAGAAAAUCAGUUUAGUUUGGUCAUUUUCCUUAUUGUCCUUAUUGAAUUUUUUUUUUAAUUUGUUGAGACUGAAAAAAAUCAAUCGAAAAGUCAUAUAAUAUAAUAUUAAAGCAAACGUAUUUCUAAUCUCUCGGAUUUAGAUUAGUUUCUAAAUUGAAAAUAACUUAUUCCUGUGUUUUUUUUUAAUAUUUCAGUGCCUUUGACAUAAACUAAUACCGCUUUCAGACUUUGAUCAGUGAUUGUCCUACUUUUAUUUUGGAAAAAUUUCUUAAUAUUGUAAACAAAAUAACACAAUUUUGUGAUUUUUCCUAAAGUUUUAAAUUCAGUAAGAUCAAAGCCAAACCAAACAUACUUCAAGUCUAAUUUAGAUCUAGAAUCUUUUUUAUAAACAGAUGAAAAUAGCGCAUUUUUAAGUUAAAUUAAAUUGUCUAGAACAGGUUGGCAAGCAAUAGGUAGUUUUUGCUAAAAAAAAAUCCAAAUAUACCGAGUUAGUUUAAUCAUUUUUCGCUUAUGUUUUGAAAUCUUUACAAUUUUUUCCUCUCUCAUUAAAAAAAAUACUUAAAUUUUUGAUUGUGUCUUUAGAGCUUUUUGAUUUUGUUUUUUUCACUGUAAACGGGCGCUGUCUAGCCUAAAAUUUUAGUCCUGCGUGCUCAUAAACUUACGACUCCGGAACUCUAUUUUGUGUAAUGAGAAAAUUUAGAACGGUCAGUGUCGGUUCACAAGACGUAAUUACAAUUGUUUUUUGCUGGCAAAAAAUAAAAUUUGGUCGCAAUUCUGGCAAGACUCGACCCAUAAAGAGAAAUAAACAUUUUUGGGGACUUGCUUUAAAUACUUACUUAAAAAAUAAAUAGUUUAAUAUAUUUUGUAAAAAGUUAAUUUAUUUUAGUAAUUUAUAUUUUAGUGUUUAAGUGUGCAGAUGCGUUAGAUAUUUAUUUUUUGAAAUUUGCAUAAUUGGAGCAAAAUAUGAGUUUAUUUUAUUAUAUAAUGAUGAAACAAAUGAGAUAACUAAGAAUACACCAAAGUCACUUGAUAGGUUUAAUUGUAAUCGACGACGUGUUGUAAUAAUAGUGACAAGACGAGGACGACAGCCACUGUGUUUUUUCAGUGCAAUAUUACAAUUCCUGUUUUAGCUAGGUUUAAUAGGCGUGUUACAUGGAACUUAAUAGAAAUGGUCAGUUACUAUCAGUAUUUCGUAUUCAGUUGGUCUCCUUUUGUAAAUGGUUUAAUUUAUUUAGUACAUAUUGUAAAGAGAAAUGUAAAUGUAUUUAAAGAUGAGAUAUUGCUUUGUUGAUUAUUCUGCCUUUAGCUUCUGUAUUUCCAGUCGCGGCAAACAGGUGUUACAUAUUGUAGCGCGCGAACUAAAUCAAAAUUUUAUGAAAAAACUAUCUGUUGUAAAUCUAGAAUAUGUGGUAAUCUGUUUGUUGAGUAUGCAUUUCCACUUGGUAAGAAGCUAUGAUUUACCGACUUGUAGCAAUGCCAAAUGUAUUAUAUGUUACAAUGUAGCAACAAUAGUGAAUGUAGGUGUUGUGUAUGUACAAAGUGUAGUGCAACUCGAACAUAAAGACAAACUUCAGUGCUGCUGCAACACAAUUAUUUGCGCCUCAGUUCACCAAAUAGCACACAUUGAUUAACAUGAUAAAUAAACAUUUAUACUUUCAGCUAGUGUUAGGAGUCACGGAGCCAACAAAAAUUAUUUUUGUGAUUUGUUUAGAUGAUAGGAUAUGAAAUAAUGUACAAAAUUUAUAUAAAACUUGUAAAUGUAGAAGAGAAAUUAUUACGAUUUAAAUGAAAUUAUAAAUGCCUUCCUGCCAUUUAUGGGUCUACCACGCUCGUCGUUUGACUUUUGCAUGAGGUGAUAUGAUAUUUUUCAAAAAGUGGCCUUUAAACUUUCAGUACUUGUUUGGAUCUCUCUGCACAAGGUGAUGCACUUUGCUGGCCCCACUUAAAACCUCCGAUAACCACAUUCUGGAGCUCUUUUGGAAAAAAUAAUUUAGGCAAAACCGCUAUCUACUUUUGUAGACUUAUUAUAAACAAAAGCUUUAUUUUAGCUAAGUCUUAAAAAAUUCACAUCUUCCUUAUUAUAAAAGAUAUCCAUUUGAAACAAAAACGUUUUACAGACACUUUUUGACAAGAACUAAUAAUGUAACUGACGAUUUUUUUGCCAUUGUUUUAACUAUUUUUUAAAAGAAAGUCGUAGGUGGCCCUGACAUUUUUAAAAAGCUUACCUUUUCUGAUUUCUUUGUCUAUUUGUUUUUAAACAAAUUAAAAAAAAAACAUAAUUUGCUUUUUGUUUGUAGUAGGCCAUGUAAAAAUAUUGAAUUGUAUUAAAUCUAUAACGCGAGGUGUAACAUACAAUAUUUUUUGUGCUUUGUGGAAAAAGUCUUUAAAUGUCAAUAAAAGGGAGAUUAAUUUUUUUUAUAAGUUUAAAAGUCAAAAAAAGCAUAGUGGGCUGUGGGUUUUGCUGAAAUUAUUUUGAGAAAAAAGAAAUGUUUGGACGUGCAGAGUGCGGCACCCUGUACAUCUCCCGGUUUGAGUUUUUAGUAGGUUUUUCGGUUCAAAGACUAGGCUUAAUGUGUUCAAAAACGAGUAAAGUAGUAAGUGCCUUCCAAACUAUGACCACUUAUGUCAUCCGAGACACAAAAUUGUUAUUGAACAAAAUUGCAUUUUCAUCUGUUUUUUGGUAUGGUAUCACCCUGAAUGGCAUGUUCUUUUUCAUAUCUCUGUAAAUUACAUUUAUAUACAUACAUACCUAACUUUAUUAUAAUUAUGUAAGCAAAAGUGAUGUGAGAUUGGCGGCAGUUUUUAGAUAUGAUGUAUAACCACUCAAAAUUCAGGUAAAAGCUUUAUUUUAAUGUAUACUAUUAAAACAUAAUAUAGUUCGAUGUUAGUGCAAAUAUAACAUAGCAUACCUAAAGUUAUAAAUAGCCUCUUUAGUCAGUAUGCAAUAAUUAUUAUCAUUCAAGUUGUGCUACUCGUAGAGACAGUCUGAACUUACAUGCAAUCGCCCAGUUGUAUGCAUCAGUCAUAUUAUAUGUGCAGUCUCUUUAUUUAUAUUUUUAUAAGACUUGCGUUCAGUCUACAUUCUUUACAUGAUUUAUGCACAUUAUUAUUACUAUUAUUUUAUGUCUGUAUGGUAAAUAAGAAUAAAUUGUAAAAAUUCAAACAUGAA